CGAUAACACCACCUUUCAUUUGUUGCCGCACUUUUCCGCUAUCUCGACCAGACAAUACGAAAAGAGUAAAAAGGUGUUACCAACGUUUUGUCAAAUUGUGGAGCAAAUCCCAGCUCCAAAAAUGGCGGCAAUGAUGAUCAUCAUGAUAUCCCUCCCCGCAACAACAACAACAACAACGAAAAGUUCAAUUGCUCCAUUCCCCUUGUCAUCGUCAUCUUCCACCUUCAGUUACUUCACAACUAGAAGAAGAAAAAGCACACACAUUGAAUAUAUUGAUCGAUUUUCAUUUAGGAGUACACCAACAGACAGCAAUCCCGUAAUCUUAUCGAACUUCUCUGAAGGAGAUGUACCUUCUCCUCCAUCUGUUGUUUCUUCUUCUUCGUUAGAUUCGGCUUCGGAUGUUGUUAGAAGGUUCUACGAGGGAAUUAACUCCCGCGACCUUUCGACGGUUGUGGAUCUCAUUGCAGAAGACUGCGUUUACGAGGACCUUGUUUUCCCCCAACCUUUUAUCGGUCGCAAGGCUAUACUUGAAUUUUUUGAGAAGUUUAUAUACACUAUCAGCCAAGAUCUACAGUUUGCCAUUGAUGACAUAUCUGGUGAAGAUACUUUAGCUGUUGGAGUGACUUGGCACUUAGAAUGGAAGGGAAAGCCUUUUCCAUUUAGCAAAGGAUGCAGCUUUUAUCGGUUAGAGGUUGUAAACGGGCAACGAAAAAUAAUUUACGGUAGAGACAUUGUGGAGCCUGCAGUGAAGCCUGGAGACCUUGCUUUGGUUGCCAUUAGAGGGGUGACAUGGCUGCUCCAACAAUUCCCACAAUUAGCAGACCGGUUCUAACUUGCUAUAUCUAUCUAUCAAGUAACACAUAUCAUAUAUGGGGAUAGGGAAUAUACAUUACAGUCCCACCUAAGCUUAGGUACUAAACCUCUAAAAUAUGUCGUUUUAACUUGCUAAAUAUACUCGGUUUGGUUUCACUUGGUAAAUAUAUCAUCCUUCAUAACAUUUAUUUCUUUCAUUAUCGUUUUACCAUCUCUGUUUUCUUUCCUCCAUUAUCGUUUAUUACUUCACCCAAGUGAACAUUACUAAACCCUAAACCCUAAACCCUAAACCUAAACCCUAAACCCU